UAUGCUAACCCAGCAAAGUGUGUCAGAUGUGUGACAUGGGAGAUGAUGAGACGGUGGAACAUGUGGUGCUGGAGUGUAUGAAGUAUGCCAGAGACAGGAAUGAGAUGAUGCAAGUGAUACUGACUGAGUUAGGGCAUGAUAGGAAUGAAAGAGUGGAGAAGACAGGAAAGGAAUGGAUAAUGUUGUUGCUGGGACUGUGUAGAGCGGCGAAUGAAAGAUGAUUGAGGCGGUGAAAGAGUUUCUGGAGAGAAUGUGGCGUGCCAGAUGUAGGAACAAUUAGGAUAGAGGAUGCUGUUCGUUUCUCUUCCCCCCCCCUUCUACAGGAGUUGCCGAUCCAAAGGCCUGGCUCAGGAGUGAUCCUGUGCCACCUGUACCAUCAAGAUCAAGAUCAUCUGAUUCUGCUCCAGUUUUCUUAAAUUAAUUUUCCUGUAUUACCUAGGUAUGCCGUGGCUCAGCUUGCUGCCUCUGAAAUCCAUGAAGACACUGCCGCUGUUGUUGCCUUCUGCAAGAUGGUGAAGGAGUUUGUCAUGGUACUACAGGAGUGACAAGCAGGACCUGCCUUUCUGGAAUCCAUACUGUCCUGUAUUUAGUAGAUUCCUUUCUCCCAGAUUCCACAAGAGAGCAUGGUGUAUUGUGGAGAGGGCCGUUGAACAACUGAAACAAAGGUUUUGUGUUCUUCAUGGGGAAGUGCAUUUGAGUCCAGAAAAGACAUGCAAGAUUGCAUAUAUCUGUAUGAUGCUCCACAACAUUUGCAAGCAGUGAAACAUUCCAAUGCCUGAGGAUGAGGUUGAGGGUGUGGCCGAAGUCAAUGUAGAUGGAAGAAUAGAACCAAAUGCUUCCUGUAAUGAACUUCUCUUCCGGGAUCACGUUGUCAAUCUCUACUUCAACCACUGUUCCUGCUUUGCUGAUAACAUGGAGACACUUCAGAUAUUUUCCCACUUCAGUCAAGCACUCCUCAUCUUGUAGUUCACUCCAUGCCAUCAGCAGCCUUGCAUGCUUGUCUGGAGGUGUGGUGUGCUCCCCUGCAAGCUGUAGUGUGCACCAUCAUCACAUUACUGAAGAUACCUCACAUGGUAACAGUAAUCCACAAUUUUGAUAAAAUAUACACAGACAGCAAAAUGUGAAGCCACUCCCAUCACACCCCAUCAAACACUGCCCACUUGCCCUUGUGUUCCACCAAUGCCGAGUCUUUGCUUAAGUUGUCAGGUAUGAAAAAAUAAAUUCAUAUAGGUAAUUUUGCAAAGGAUGGGUGAGGAGUGAGGGAGAGAAAGCAGAGGGGACACUGAGAGUGAACAACAAGUUAGGAGGCCCCACCCCCUGGCCCCUCCCUGUGACUUGGCAGGUGCUUUAUGCUGUCCUGUCUACAGCAGGAUCACCUGUUACAUUAUAGUAGGGAAGCUUUAUUGUGUUUUAUGUAUGUGCUACUUAUUUCCUUUUUUUAACUGAGAGCAGUGCAUGUAAUUAUGCACAAGUUCCAUAUUCUGGUGGGAUUCUCAUUUCUGCUCAUAAAAUCUGGUACUCUGUAUAUUUCUAUUUUCCCCCCAGGAGUUUAUAGAUAUUUUGACCCCUCUUUAUAUGAUCAAGUACCUCUUUAUGCAAUGAUGUAUGGUGGGCAGUGGGCAAGGUAAUGUGACUCAAAAUGAGGCCUCAGUGCACUACUACAGCUCAGCCUGCCACCACCACACCACCUUACUGCCACAUCACUGGCCUGUCUCCUCAGGGCCUUGCAUGGUAUAGGUGUGUUAUCAACGUGUCUUUUUAUCCUGGAAAUUUUUCAAAAUAUAGAUUUUUCAUGUUUUGAGACUUUUUAGUAAAUUAUUCUUUUGCAGACAAAUUUCAAUGGCAUUCUAAAGUGGAGUAGUAACAAAUGUGCUGUACAUACAUUUAUUUUGGGAGAUUUUAUUUGUUGUAAAUGUUUUAUUCAUUACCUAAAGCAGUUACUGAUGAGAAGAUGAGUUGAGAGAAUGUUUGGCAGAAGAAGGUCAGCACUAUACUACCUGUAUCUGUAUAAACAUACAUUGUAUAGUGGUAACCCUCCUUUUGAAAUAUGACGUGGGUAAAUAUGAAACAAUUAUCUGCUGUUUUUUUUAUUAUGUAAUAAAAUAGUGCUAUGCUGUACGGAUGUCAGUGGAAACUAGAUGUCUGUUGCACUCCGAGAAAAAAAAUUUUUUGCUUCGUAAGAUGUUUGGAGGAAAUGUGCAGGUUUGUUGGCAGUGUGUGGCAGCAUACAUGCAUGAGGCCCCAUGUUUCACUUAGCCACUACAGACAUCUUGGUUAACAUGCUGUGUCUCAGUGCAGGAAGCAGCAUCUGUCUCCAGGUUUCUCCUGGUAGUUUUGUGCAGGUGAAGAAAUGGCUGCAUUUUGGCAUGCAUUGCUAGGAAUCCUGGUGUUGGCAGAGAGUAAUGUGAAGGCUUUGCACAGAAGGAUGGGAGGCCCACCAGAGGAGAACAUCCAGGAUGGAACUGGACUGAGUUACAUCCCAGCCAGCUCCAUCAAGAAUUAUGGCAGCGGAAAUUACCUUCUGAGACCAGGUGAUCUUCCUGCUUCCUUUGAUAAUGGUUCUUUCUUGAAGUCUCCCACAAAUAAGGACAUCAGUGUGCAGGAAGAUGUUACAGAGAACACUCAGAACACAGGUGGUGAUGCCAGUUUGCCUGAAAAGGAAAAACGCCUUUAUGAACUAAUGAGAAUGAUGCCAAAAGAGAGCAAUGACAUCAGUGAGUACGACAUUGUGUUUGUUCUGAGGCUGAUGUACGAGUGCCUUGGCAUGCACAUCAAGAAGCUGCAUGCACUGGUGCGGGAUAUAUAUGAGACGGUGGACUUUGUGUACAACAGAGUAGCCUGGGUUGAUUGCUCUGAUGCACUGAAGGAUGGCUAUAAAUCUGGUUACUAUACAUUCUUCUUGAAGAAUCAAGGGAAAAGACCAAUAACCCUGCUGUGUGACAUGGAGACAGAUGGUGGAGGCUGGACUGUGGUGCAGCGGCGGCAGAGGUAUGCUGAUCAUGUCAUUUUUAACCAGGGAUGGUACCCAUACAAGAUAGGCUUUGGCAACUUUACCACCGAGUACUGGGCCGGACUACAGAACAUCUAUGUGCUGUGUAGUGUGCGCAAUUGUGAAAUGCGAGUUAACCUUCAAGACACAAAAGGCAACCAAGCAUACGCUGCUUACUCCAGUUUCUACUUAGACUCGGAAGAAAACGGAUACAAACUAAACGUUGACGGUUACAGUGGCAAUGCUGGGGAUGCACUGGAGCGCCAGGAGGGUGAGAGGGAGCCAGUGUUCAGCACCUAUGACAACCUGAACAAAACAAAUCGCUACUGUGCCAGGAAAAUGUUUAGUGGAUGGUGGUACUCAGCAUGUAGGCCUAACAUCAAUUGCAUCCAUUUGAAUGAAAAAAUACCCAGUAGGGUCACUCCACCGGGGCUCACAUGGCCCACCUGGCGCAGGACUCUAAGCACCACAGCAAUUAUGAUCAGGCCCACCAAGGAGUAACAGACCACCUGGCACAGAACUCCAAGCACGACAACAAUAAUGAUCAGGCCCAUCAAGGAGUGAUGGACCACCUGGCGCAGGACUCUGGGAACCACAACAAUAAUGAUCAGGCUACUACUUCCUCUAUAUUCAAGAUGCUCCUUCCCUUCUUACUUUCAAAAAUAGUUUAAAAAGACAGAACUGUAAACACCACCUCUGUUGUGAUGGGACCCACCAAGGAGUGUGCAGGAAUUUGCCAUGAAAUACUAAUCAGAUAAAAAUUGUACCAUGGAAAAUUGGUCAUGUUGCAGUAAAAGUUAACUUGUUACUGGUGAAUAUUGAAUGUGCUGCUCGAGUUUGGAACAGAUCAUGCGCAUUAGUGGAAUGACUCAUUAUUGACAGGAGUGGGACAUUUACUAUAGCUCUGCAUUGCACCAUUGAUUUAUAAACUCACAGAUUUAUAAUUAUAUUUAAAUUUAUCUCUCAAUAAAUUCAGAUUAAGAAAAUUAUUCUUUACUUAUUCACAAAUGUCCUCCCUUCAGAAUGCAAACAAAUAAUCAAAAGAUCUUGCAAGCUGAAGGAUGUGAUCUGCUCUUGUUGAUCUUGGCCAUGAGAAGAGUGGAGGGAAGGAAGCACCAGAUUCCUGAUCCAAGGCAGGGUUUCUGUGCACUUAAAUCACAAUUAAUGAGCUACUUGGAAAUUAAGAAUAUUCUCAACCCUGCUCAGUUUUGUUUUAAAUGCAAAUAACACUUUUCCAGCUUUGAAUACUUUCUCUACUUUUUUUUUUUUGCUAUAGAUAAUAAACUUUCUGUUAUAUCCAUCUUUAUAGAAUUUGCCAAGGCUUUUGGUACAGUUAAUUGUAAAAUUCUUCAUAAGAUGCAUCAUUAUGGUAUCAUGGUUCAAUACUCUCGUGGUUUGAAGAUUAUUUAAACAGAAAUCAACAAAUCAUUUUAAUAGUGAAAAGUCAUCCGUAACUUCAGUCACACCAGGAGUUCCUCAGGGCAGUGUCUUAGGCCUUAUAUUAUUUUUGAUUUACAUUAUUGACAUACCAAAUAAUUUUACUGAAUCUCAAACACUUCUAUUUGCAGACAGCGUGAAUCCCCACAGCAGCUUGUGCUCUAUGCUAACAAUGAACUCGAUAAACUUGGUCCGUGGUUCACAUCCAAAAGAUUUAAUGUUAACACUGGUAAAACUCCCUUUAUACUAAAUAUUCCACAUCUUUUAAUAAAUAAUAAAUCAAUUUCUGAAAUAAACCACAUCAAAUUUCUUGGAGCUACUUAUGAUGAUUCUAACUUUUAAGUACCACAUAAAUAAUAUUGCAUUAAAGAUCUUAAGACAUACAGCUUUUCUUUAUCAAAUCAAAGAUUUCAUGCUACUAAAUGUCCUUAAAUGCUUAUGUUGUGCUCACAUUUACCUACUAUUCAUGUACUGUAACCCCUUAUGGUGUGCAACCCACUCUAUUUGUUUGAUUCCUUCAAAAUUACAACUUCAAAAAAAUGUAUGGAUAUUGACUAACAGUAAUUACUUAGACCAUAUUGAUCCAUUUUUCAAACACAAUAAUAUUUUGAAAUUGGAUGAUAUAACCAAACUUUCAAUUGUCACCAUGUACACAAAAAAGAAUGUUCUUCACAGCUACCUUCCCUCACACGGCUGCAACACCCGGCACUGCCAUCACCCAUGCCUUCAUUCCCUCACACAGCUGCAACACCAAGCACUGCCAUCACCUGUGCCUUCCUUCCCUCACACGGCUACAACACCUGGCACUACCAUCACCUGUGCCUUCCUUGUCUCACACAGCUACAACACCUGGCACUACCAUCAUCCGUGCCUUCCUUCUCACCACCUAGCCAAAUUCCAACAUUCACUAGCUUAUUUAGGCCCAGCUGUCUGGAACACUACACCCCCUGUGUUCAAGAUGCUCCUUCCCUUCUUAUUUUCAAAAAAAGUUUAAAAAGACAUAUUAUUAAAUGCUGACUAUUGUAACUUCAAAUGUAUCGUUCAGUAUUGAAACCUACAUUGACCUUAAAGAAUGUUACUGUGUAUUAUGAUGUAUUAUCUUUUGUCUAUCAUUCUGAUUGUUCUGAUUGUUUUGUGCUAAUUACACUUUAUUUCCAUUGCCAUUAUUACUAUCAUUAGUAUUUAUGUACUGGGAGGUCCCAUUAUAUGAGCAUCUGUUAUAUGAGAACCCAGUGAUAUGAGGUGUAUAAAUUAGGGACUAUUUUCUUUAUAUAAGGACAAAAAAACAAUGAAAUGAGCUUCAGUCCAAGGUGAGUAAAAUUACAAAGUUUAAAAUGAGUGCCUUCCUGCACACUCCCACUAACACAUCCAGGCUGUGUGGUGAUGGACAAUGAUUCAGAUGUGCAGACAAGUUUGUGAGCAUUAGAAGACAAUUGCACACCCAUUCCUUGUCCGCUACCUACCAUUCAUUCUCCCCACCAGUCCUCUUUUAAACUAAACUCAGUGCAUCUCAGUUUCCCACUCUUACAGCCUUAAUGCUUGUUAUUAUACUCAUAUUGCAAGUUUGCAAUAUGCAUAUUUACAUCAUAGUACAAGUACAAUGUACAGUGCUUUAUGUGACUGAUCGGUGCUUAGAUGUGUUACAGUGUUACUGCUGGUGUGUUCUUUCCUUCACUGUCUUUGGUGUGGUGUUGUUUAUGUGACUGAUCACUUGGUGUAUAGAUUGUGCCUUACUUUGCCUCUCAAGUGCUAAUUAUGCCUCCCUAGCAGCCAGUGAGUUCUGGUGCUAUUCCUAGCAGUAAGGCUGAGCAAGCUAGAGUACCAAUAACACUCACAAAGAAGGUAGAUAUCGUUAAGGGGCACAAGAGUGGUGAGUGAGUUACCCUCCCUGAUGCAUUAACUACACACUGGUUAGCAUUAUGCACAUUUUAUAUGCUUAAUUAAUAUGAAAUCUUGUUCUUCGUGUGUUGUUUUCUUUUUCACGUUGCUUUAUUGACAGUUCUGUAUUUAUGUUUUAUGGUAUCACUCAUAAUAAACAUACUAUUGAUCAUGA